AUGUCCUAUUUGUUUGUGCUUAUGUUUCACUUGCUUUUCCUGACGCGGUUUUUUAGUCAGGCAUCACCAUUGACAUUCGAGUUAAAGAAGGGUCAAAAGGAGUGCCUAUAUACGCUAAGUCCCGAUAUUGAUUGCAUAAUUUCAUAUUAUUUCGCGGUGCAGCAGGGAGAGAGUAAUGACUUUGAUGUUAAUUACGAAAUAUUUGCUCCAGAUGACAAGAACAAGCCAAUAAUUGAGAGGUCUGGCGAGCGUCAGGGUGAAUGGUCAUUUGUAGGCCAACAUAAAGGAGAAUAUUCUAUCUGUUUUUACGGUGGUAAGGCACACGACAAGAUUGUAGAUUUGGACAUCAAAUACGCUUGUGAGCGCCAAGAUGAUGUUCAAAAUGAAAGACGCAAGGCGAGAAAGGCACAGAGAAAUUUGAGAGACUCUAAGAUCGAUCCCUUGCAAGAUAGUCUGGAAAACUCAAUAGACACCAUAGAAAGACAGCUCCACGUUUUGGAACGUAAUAUACAAUACUAUAAGACUAGGAAUAUCAGAAACCAUCAUACCGUUUGUUCAACAGAACGCAGAAUCGUUAUGUUUUCCAUUUACGGUAUCUUGUUGAUCGGUGCUAUGAGCUGUGCGCAGAUUGCCGUACUGGAACUCAUCUUCAGAGAAUCAAGAAAGCAUAAUGUGUAA